AUGCCGGGCUGAAGGUGUCAAAAGCCGCGUACACAUCGUUUUUCACGUUCUUGUUUUACCAAAUAUUGUAAAUUUUAAGUGAAGCGUCCCACUUGAAAAUAGUGAAUAAUUGAAGAAUAGUGGUUAUUCUUCUGGAAUAGAAUCAUUUUCUGUGCUAGUUUGAUUGGUGAAAAUGGCCACAGCUGAAAACACAGUGAACAAAGCCGCAGACAACGGCAAAAAGUUGAAUGUCGGCAACUUGCCUGCUGAUGUAACCGAAGAUGAACUGCGUGAGCACUUCAAGGACUUUACUGUGGAAAAUGUUGAAAUUUUCCAUUAUCUCAAAUACACCCUGGCGUUGCUGUUGUUCAAGGACAAGGACACGGCAACGAAGGCCCUCAAGGAGAAGGAAGGUUCCAUGUUCCGCAAUCGGCGCUUGAGAAUGCACAUCGAGUAUAUUGCUAUUUGGAACAUCAAGAAAAAUGUUUUCGUCACUGUCGUUGAUGACAACACGACCGAAGAAGAGGUUUACGACAAGUACAAGGAUGUCACCGAAAUAACCGGUGUCCUUGUGUUCCAUCCAUUGGCAUACGUUUCCUGCAAGACGCAGGAACAAAAGGAAGCAGCCAUCAAGGAACUCAAUUCUGAAGAAGUUAAGGUGUACGACGUCACUGGACACGAUCAAAAUCAUCACAUUGAAAUCUGGCGUGCCGCCAAGCUGUUCUUCCGCAACAUGAACCGCGUAUCGUUGAUUAAUCUUCCGGAAAGCUGGGUUUCCAACCAGGAAGAGCUGAAGAAGGCUGUUGCCCACACUGGAACUACGACCGAGGUCAAAGUGAUCAACAAUAGCCACGGUGCUGUCGCUCAGCUAUUCUACGAAAAUGAGGAAACCGCCCGGAAGGCCGCCCUGGAACUCAACCAGAAAAUAUUCGACGGCAAGCGGAUUCACGCACUGCACGUGACUGCGGCUCUCAUUCCGAACUACGAAACCAGCGUUUACCUCACAUCCCUGGAGAAAGCAACGUCUGAGGAGACCAUCUACGAUCAUUUCAAACAGUUUGGCGAAAUUGAAUUUGUCAGUCGCCGUAAAUGCGCCGAUGAGCAUGCAGUUAUAUGCUUCAAGAAUGCCAGUGCGGUUGAGAAGGCUCUGGAGUGCAAAACGCUCCCAAUUACCAAGCCGCUCAGCGACGUCACCGAGGAGAGGGCUAUUACCGUGAAGAGAUACAACGGACCGUUGAUCAUUGAUCUUAAACCAUCACACGUCAAGAAGCUCCUAGAAGAUGGAGAGGAAUCCAAAAUGCGCCCUCCGCCGCUUCCGUUGGCUAAACUGUGGCCAAUCUAUGUUUCCAAUCUGCCGUACACCGCUGAUAAGCGCGACAUCAGAGAUUACUUCUCCAGCGUCGGUGGACAUAUCAAGUUUAUCUUUUCGCCAAAUAUUCCAGCCUACAAGACCAGCCAAACUUCCAUGGUGAUGGCUGCAUUGAUCUAUUAUGCACGCCGCGAGCAGGCUACUGACGCUAUCAAGGCUUUCAACGGCAAACACUUCCAGAACCGUUGCCUGCACGUGUUCCCAGGACGCAAGGACACUUACUUCAAUCCGGAGACUUCGGUUCGCUUGGUUCGUUUGACAAUUGGUGUAACCGAGGAAAAAUUGUUCGAGAAAUUCCGCAAGUUUGGUUUCAUCGAGUGCGUGGUCAAACGCAAUCGUAACACCGCGCUCAUUGAAUUCCGCGACAAAGAGGUCUGCGACAAGGUUCUCCAGCUUCCCGACAGCGAGAAACCCGUCCGCUGUGGUAUCGAACCCUUGACGACAAAGGUCAAUCGUAAAAUUUUCAAAGAAAACGACGAGAAGAUCUCCCUGGCUAUGCAGGAAAUCAUCGACAAAAACCCGGCUGUCCUGGAGAACGUACAGUCGACAAGAUUCAGCGGCCCACCACCGCUGAAGCGUGGACGAUUCAACGGUCCCGAUCCAAACUUUGGCGGCAAUCGUGGUGACUUCAACAAUGGAAACGAUUUCAGCAAUCCGCAAGUCAUUCAAGAUCUGCUCCGUUUGGCUUUCAUAUCCGGCAAAAAUCUGGGCGAGGGCAUAGCCAGUGGAAACAACAACCCAUUCAACAGCUCAGACUCGCCACUGUCAGGAUUGAAUCUUUCCAACGGAUUCAGCGGCCGUAACUUCGGUGGCGGAUCGAACAACUUUGGAAACAACGCCGGCAACCGAAACAACUUCGGAGGCAACCCGAACAACCCCGGUCAACGAAACUUCGGCGGCCAGCAACGAAACCCGAACAAUCCUGGUAAUGCUUUUGGCGGUGGCAAUCCGAACAAGUUUGGCAGUUCCAACAACCAGCAGCAAAACCGCAACCUGAACCAAAACCGCCCGGAGAGAAACAUGAACAGACGCUUUUAGACAAACAGCCGCCUGUAAAUCCUUGUAAGAGUGAGAGCAAUGGCGGGGCUAACCUAGGACGAAGGUUGCCAACUAUGUUUCCGAAUGCGACUUCGAUACGGAUGACUAUUUCGUAGAGAUAUCGCCUUCCCCGACUUUUUCCAGCGAGCAGAAAAAUAUUUAAAACUACAUUGUGUGACCGUAUGGAAAAUCAUAUUCAAGACGAAAAGAGGCAAUUUGCAUACAAUACAGUUUAAUGACGAUGGAGAUAUAACUACAUUUUCAAUGAUGAUAAAAAAAUAUUCUUACUUUUACGAUUUAAUGGAUUUUAGAUGAUCUUGAUUUGAUAUGUGUAUGAGGAUUAUAAAAUAUACAACAAAACUUAUUGUAAUUCCACAACAAUUGGUAGUUUCGUAAUUGUAAUUACACUUAAGAUUCGAUUUUAUUUAAUCGCAGCAUUAUAGCAUUUUAUUGUGGAGAAAGAAACUUGAAAUUCAUCAAACUACAAAUUUAAAUGGUAAUGAAGCAAAACAAAUCAAUGGAAAUUUGUGGAUAAAGAAGCAAAAAAUUCAUUGUAUUAGUAAACUUAAACCAUUUUGACAAGAUCAAAGCAUAAUACAAAACUAUUGAAAAAUCUCGUCGGUGGUGAGUAUUGGCGCAAACAAUUUUUGAGACAUGGUUCGAAAAACGUCACUAAAUGUGAUCUGAUACCGUUUCCUUGUUCUCUGCCGCACCCCGACGAAUUUGAUAUGAUCAUAAAUUAUUAAAAAAAAUCUAUAAACGUAAUCUUAUCAAUAUAAGAAAGUUUGUCUUUUGCAUCUUGAACAAUUAUUAAACAAAAAGUAAUGAUAUAGUGGAAAUUUUCGCACUUACCCAUGGAAAACGUCGCUGUCAACUGGAGUAAAAAAGAAAAAAAGAAGCCCAAAAUAAUUGUUUUCAGCACUUCUCGCUAUGUUGGAUGGAAUGCUUCCAACUAAUGUACGAUGUCAAUGGAUUUUAAAUGUUUGAGUCCAAUUUUUAUGAGAGGUGGCAGCAACGUGGUGCGCUAAAUGGUAGAAGUUAGUUUUUUUUUUGUUCGUUUGAUUUUUCUUUCCAUAUAAACUACACUUUCUUCGUGUUUUUGGAUAGUAUAAAAACUCUGCAUGAACGUUUCCUUUCUUUUUAUAUUUUAUGAGAUCCGAUUGCUUCAGAGAGUGGGACACAACCUCCCCUCAACCACACAAACACACAAAUAAUGUUGAAGCUAGUUAUGGAUCAGAAGAGAAUCAACUGAGAACUGUUCAUUGGAAGAGAUGGUGGCCGAACCGAACGCAUUUCUGAAACCAUCUUUCUGUGGCAGCAAAUGUCGUUUUUCGGGGACUGUGAGAGCACUGCUGGCAUAUGACCGGGGUUGGCUACCGGGACUAAAGCAGGACCUUGCUGCCAUCAGAGAGAUGUGGAUGAACACACACACACACAUCGUAACUGGAAGAAACAACAGUAAAUGAUUUACAGUCAACGUGUCUUAGUGCGGAUGUUGACACAAAUUAAUAUUAAACCUAAUUUAAGUGUGAAUAAUGGUAACAUUAUAAACUAAUAAAAUAGUGCAAAACGUAUUGGAAAGCUGUA